AUGACAAAGUACGCUAACCGCGGCUUCACUGUCAUCGGCUUCCCCUGCGCCCAGUUUGACAACCAGCAGCCCGAGUUUACCUCGCAGCAGAUCCUCGACGGGCUCAAGUACGUCCGGCCGGGCGGUGGCUUUGUUGCAAACUUCCCGCUCAUGGCAAAGUCGGACGUCAACGGUGCCUCGCGCUCGCCAGUGUAUGCAUACCUCACUGGCGCCUGCCCGCAGCCGAUGCCCAUUCUCGAGCCGUCGACCGCGUACAUUUCUUGGGCCCCCAUCCGUCCGACCGACAUCACCUGGAACUUCCAAAAGUACCUCAUUCACCCAGACACUGGCCGUCCGGUCUCGGUCUACUCGCCGGAUACCCUCCCGUCGGACAUUGCCGCCGAUAUCGAGGCCCUGCUCAAGUAA